AAGCAAAAACUCUCCGGCUUGAACAGAGAGUUAUACAGCUUGCUAGGUCCCAACACACCCUCCAUCCAACUUAAUAAAACCAACACUAUCACUGACCAGAAGAAACUUCAGGAAUUCAAAGUGUCCCAUUGGGUCAGAUUACCAUUCAAAAACAACUCAAGACUAAUUCUUUCUAAUAAUGAAAAUGAUAGAAAUCUUUCUUUGUUAAAGCACUGGGUUAAAAAUCCAUUGAACCACCAGGAAAUUGAAGAAUCAUAUCCUUUUGAGAAAUAUAAUGUUUCUUUGAGGAUACCUACUUUUGAUCGAAAGAUUUACGAUCAAUUUAUUGAGUCUGAUGAUGAAUCAAAUCAAUCUAAUACCUGGUCUUACGAAGAAACUCAAUAUUUAUUUGAUAUAUGCAAAUUAUAUGAUUUAAAGUGGGUUAUUAUAAAAGACCGUUAUGAUUUUAAAAAUCUAGUAUUUCAUCGGAAAGCAAGGUUGAUAGAAGAUUUGAAAGAGAGGUUCUAUCAUGUUUCAAAACAAAUUUUAUUGAAAACUGAUGAAAACCUUGAUAUUUAUUAUAAUCCUGAUGAUAAGAAAAACUUGAUUCAAUCUUUAUCAAAUUUUGAUAGAAACAACGAAAUUAAUAGAAAGCUUUAUCUUGAAAGGUUACUAAACAGAAAUCCUGCUGAAAUCGCUGAAGAAGAAAGUUUGAUUAUUGAAGCUAAAAAAUAUGAACAAAACUCCAAAAAGAUUAUGAUUGAAAGAGCUCAAUUAUUGCAGUUGUUAGAUACGCCAAAAGCAAAUGGUAAUAUUAACGCUUAUAAAAACUCUGCUGGUUUAACUCUGUUAUAUAAUCAGUUUAUGGCUUCAAACACUAAUAAUGGCUCUAAUGGCAAUGGUAAUUUGAGUAAUAAUAAUAAUGAUAGUAAGAAUAAGAAUGGAAAUAGUAAUAAUAUUAAUAGAAAUAAUAGUAACAACAAUGAAAAUAAAAACGAGAAUAUUAAAAAUAAUAUCAGAAGUUCAAUACCAGCGGAUUAUCAGCAAGUCAACCAAAAUGGAGUCGAUUUGAAUGAUCCAAUAUCAAGAUUAUUAGCAAAACAUUUGUCAGUAAAAGAUCAAGCGAUGUACGGGAUUAAGUAUCAUGGAGCAACAGAAAAACUAUCGAUAAGCGCAGCACAUUUGAGGUCAUCGAGGAUAGCAACAUAUAAGACUACGUUGUUGGGCAAAAUCAACGCUACGUUAACAGAGUUGGGAAUUGCGCUAAAACCCUGUAUGCCUACGAGUUCUGUGAUUGAAAAUUUUGAUUUAUUGAAUAAGAAUAUUACAUUAUUAUUGGAGGCGAAAAAACAAUGUGAUAAAUUGGAAGCGGAUGUGAAGGCAAUU